UAUGAGUAUUUGGCAACCCAGAGUGGGUCUGUUAGCUGAACAGAAACACAAGCGAUAAUAACACUGCCAGGAAAUGCGUCGUACUUGAAAGAAACACGUCUAAUAUCGACCUGAGAAGCUUUGGGCUAUCGGUUUAUCGCAAUGUCGAACCACCCGACGUUGUCGUGUUGGCUAUUUAUUGUUUUGCUUUAUGGGGGUGUUUGUUCCGUUCCUUCUCCAACAAACAUAAGUGUUGUUUGUCACAACUUUGUGAAUGUCCUUUACUGGAACUACAGUACUACACCAACUGAAGAAGUGAGGUUUAAUGUAAAAAUCAAACCUUACACUGGGUUGCUCCAAACAGUUGACACUUCUGAGAUGUACCUUGAUAUGAGCGAGUACACAAGUGAUGUCAAUGAUAAUUACUUUGUGACUGUAAAGGCGCUUGAUGGACAGGAAGUCUCCAUUAAAUUUACCUACAGCAGGAGCAUGAGUGAUGAGAGCACACAUAAAUGCUAUGUUGACUUUCCACCAAUUGAAACAUCUGUCCACAAAGAUAAGAUGAAUGUGUCCUUUUCACACCCUUAUAACAUAUAUAAUUAUGAAAGCCUGAAUGAGGUUUUUACAUACAGAGUGACUCAUGAUGAGAGAGAGACUUCAUUUGACUGUUAUGACGAUGAAGAGCUGUGCACUGCAGAAAUCCACAUUGGCCAAAGUGAAAUGGGAAAGUGUAUUGAUUUAACAUUUGAAGCGACAGUAGAUGUUCUGUUUUCAACUUUCAACAAAAAUGUUUGUCUCCCCAAGAUGCCUAAUGUUCCUGACAAGCCAAUUUAUAUUGCAGCCUUAGUAGGCGGAGGUGUUGUGAUUCUCUUCAUUGUUCUGGGUUUUGUGUGGCUGCUUUGCAAGAAGUGGUCCAGCAUCCCCAAGAUUCCUGAAGUUCUGAUCAACUUUAUGACUCCGAACAAACCAGUGAGUGUGAUUCACCAGCCCUUGGAAACUACCGUCUCUCCAGUGUCACCUGCAAGUCAUUUACCUCUGCUACAGACAGAAAACACCAUAGGUUUCGAAGUCCCUAUCGUUUCACCACCUGAGAAAGACCCAAGCUUCACCCUUCAUGACACAGAAGUGGUGAUGGACCCGGAGACAUCCUGCACAUCUGAAAGGGAUGAGAAUUAUGAGUCUGAAGAGUCAGACUAUGGCAAGUCAUCUGACUAUGACAGUCCCAAAUUUCUGCAGGAGAUGAGCCCAGGGGACUUUGCUACAGGCUAUGGUCCACGACCCAGUGUACUGUAGGUUUCAUUGUGUGUGUAUGAAUGAAACUGGCAAUUCUUGCCAUCAGGAGAGACAGUAAAAAGUGAAAUGAAAAUUCUGGGCCGCAAUCAAAAAAUCUGGAUGCACUUGGCUGAAACACGAAAAAAACCCUGAAAUAUUCUUCAUCUGAAGUAAUCCAAUUUAACAGCUGUUGUAUCAAAAUAAUGUCAAGUUCUAGAAAACUAUUAUAUGCAAAACAGUAGUAUAGUAAUUCAGCAACUCAGUGGCCUUGUUAAUACCAAGCUUAAUUAAGAUACACAAUCAUUUUAAUGAAAACAACAGGCAAGACACAGCAUGACAGUGAGCCUCUGUUACGUUACAUCAGGACUUUCCACAUUUCCGUCCAGCAUAAGUUACUAAAAACUGUGUACUGUGUACUUCAUCAUCAGUUACUGGCCAACCUCCAUGAUUGGUUACACUUACUGUAUAUUUGAUAGCCUGUUGCAUUUCACGGGAGGACUUGACCUUGACCUAAAAACUUGCGACUCGAUGCAAUCACAAGAUGGCAAAACUGUACAAGCAGAGUGCUAUUUUUUUCGGUUUAUAUUUUCUGCCAUUUUCAGCUUUCGGUGCAGAAAGUUUUUCUGGGAUCAUGCCCAGUAAAAAGCCGUUUGGUUAUGUACAGGUAAUCAUCACUUCGUCCAAUAAUGAUUUCACACAUGCAUUCAUGCUAUAUAAUACACAACAUCCUAUACUAUUCACAGUGUUCAUGUAAGGAAUAAUUGACAAUGGGCUGUUGAAUUAUUUAAAAAAUAAUGCACACCCAAGGUGGUAAUGCAGCACGACCCGUCAAUUAUCCCUCUUAAACCACGGUUAUCACAGACAUUGCUCUGGAGGUUAAGACAUUUGACAGGUUAUGGUUAGGUUAUGUUUUACAGAAAAAUAAUUAACAUUUAUCAACCAUUCAGAACAAAGCAUUCAACAGACCCUUCGUACAUAGACUAUAUACAUUGAUCAGCAGAAUGUGACAUAAAUGCAUUUAAUAAUCAUUACAUAUCACAAUUUUACUUGUGGUGCUUGCAUUGUAGCUCAGAUAUAGCAUGAGCAUUAAUUUUGCAUUACUUCAAUUGUAUUUCCCAAAAAUUAAAACUUGCAUUCGGGUAAAUGACUGUACAAUUGCUUGUAAGGAAAAUACUUCUAUGAAAUGAAACAAUGUUUUAUAAUGUUGAUUGCAGAAGCAGUGUGUGUUAGGACAUAAAGGAAAAUUUUGAUGAUUUUCAAAAAGCUUUGCUUCAACAUUCAGCUGAAAACUGAAAAGAAUCUCUGCAGGUAUGCUAGCUUUUGGGACCUAGUUCAUUGUGUACGUGGAUUUGAAACAAAUCCAAUGUUUUUUGCACAUUUCUGUCUGUCAAAGCCUUAGUUGUAUGUGCCUCAAGAGGAACUUAGCAAACAGCUGUAUACGUCCACGAGUACAGUAUGUGCCAUACACAUAUAUAUUAACCUCAAAAUGCCUUCUUAAAGAAUUGUGGAUUAAAUGCUGACUGUCAGAUAUAUAGACAUUAAAUGUCGUCAUAAAAUUUAAUAACAAUCAUAACCAAAAACUAACAGAAUUGCAAUUUUCUUUUUUUUUUAUUUGACAGCAUAGUGCAUUGAUAAGUUGUUUGUUAUAACACAGAAACAUUUUCAUUACAUUGCCAAGUUACAGUUUACAACAUUUCUCAUUUGAUUAUUGAGUUAGUUAUACUUUUACUUUGUGAAAAAUGUGCGUUGGAUGAGAGGACAAACUUAUUUUUCCCUGUAUGUAAAAAAGCGCAAACCUCUCUGUUAUUUAAAAGGUUACUGCUUUUUCAUUACGUGAUAGUGACAUAUGGAGAAUCACAGAAAAAUCCAGAACGUUGGUGUUUAUUAAAAAUGGAUGUACAAAAUUGAUUUAAGAGGAUGAAAAGUCAUACAAAAAUGAUCAUGAAAACAGUCUACAAACUAGAGAGUUUGUGGUGAUAAAGUAGCAGCUGCCACUCCUUCAACAGUUAAAGGCAAAUGUUAUGUUAAUUUGAGACACAACUAGAUGAUGUGUAAUGAUCGUUAUAUGUCUAUAUAGCCAAGUGUUACUCUUAAUGCCUCUUCAUGAGCACUUUUAUGUAUUAGGAUAAGGGGCUAUAUUUGGUGUUAUUAGAUAACUACAAACAUGAUUUUCUUAAACACUUUAUAAUUUUUUGUUUUUUAAAAUAAAGCAAAUUUGCACUUACUUAUUAUGAUUUUUUUUUUCAAAACAAAAUUCAAAAAUUCCUUGAGAAAAGCAAGGUGUGAAUAAUUAUAAUGGCAUAUUUAUGCUGACAAGCCAAGACUUUUAAAGGCUAUCCAAAGUUUGAUUUUGGGCCCAAUAUAACAAAGCCAUAAAAAGUUUAGUCUUUCUUUUACAUUUAUGUAUUGUCAGACAUACAUUUUCAUUAUGUGUUUUCUGGGAUAUGAAGCAAUGAAGAUUUAUAUCAUAUCUUGCCAGGUGAGCAUGAAAAUAUGUAGAAUUUAAGUUUUUACUUUGAGUCUUUUAAAUUGAACUUCAUGCUUGCAUUUCAUGUCUGCUUGGUAUUCAUGUAUAUAUAAUGCUGUGCAUUUAAUCCAUUUUAAUUACAAUAAAUCAUCUGUAAUGUCAA